CUGAUCUCUUCCACUAGGUGACAGCAUCCACGAUGUUCAAACUUAUCAUUGACCCCAAGCCUCGUCGGUAAUAGGUCCUAGCUCUCAGGCUGUCUGUUGACUCAGCAAAAGCUCCAUUACAAGGACCCACAAGUUGGUCCCUGGUCCCCGAAUAUCAUGGGCCAGCGCAGUGAUCACGUAUAUGCGAUCUGAUGGCAACUUUCUUGACGUGCAAUCGGAAAGGCUUGUUCUCUUUGGUUGUGAUCUGGUUCUCUGUUCUAUCUGGUUCACGGGCGCCAACGAUCAAGAGCCGUGUAUUCUGCACACUGCAAUGCACAUCAACUACUCAAUCUUCACCGCUCUCAGCAUUGCAUCUAGUUCACGACCACCGUGACUGCUACUGGCACACAAUAUACUGCUUGUGGCCCAACAGCCUAACUAGCGACGCUCGCAAAACCGCACGGCCAAUGUACCCGCCAUCCAGCUGUGUACCCAGAAGUUUUCGGAAUAUGCCCAAAUUCUCAAUUUCACAGAUCGGCUCGAUCAUGUGCUUCGCAUCCAUAGGUGCAUCGUGUCCGCCACGUUGUUCCUUUUGCUCCUUAAGGACGUUCGGUGGAAACACGCAAUUAUUGAAGAACAUAGAGAAAGACAAAACUUCGCACAUGAACCUUCCGAGGCUCGGAUAUUAUGUAUGCUUCAAAAUAUUACCGCACUUCCUGUGCCUCCCUGCAGGUAUUGGUCCCUUUCCACGAUACCCUCUUUGGAUCACAAGCUACCAAAGAAUCUGUAAUAAUCUGAUUGGCCCACCUGAAUCGUGUGCGGUGUUCCCUAGCUCCGUCAAUCGCAGCUGGAAACACCGGAAUUGUGCAGACUUACUUGCUGAGUGUGCUUGGCACGGAACAUAUUCAAGUCACGUUGCAAAACCUCAACAUGUUCACAUGUGUUCAGCUAUACCACUGAUAGUUGUUUUUCGCAGCACGGCGUCGCCACAUUGCACACUUUACAAAGACUAGUUCUCCGCCUACCCUACAACAAGUCAAAGGACUUAUCUUAAUCUAUAUUUCAACUCGACAGAUGCUUAACAGUGGGGAAAACCUUUCCCGAUAUGAGAGACUGACAGCGCAUCAGCGAUAGCUCUGAUGCGGCAAGUGCUGUUGGAACAUGAGGUCCCUUUUGUUUCAGGUAUCCUGGUACCGUGCACAGGCUAUCUAAUCCAUAUACACAAAUUCAGCAGGAAGACAUCGUCAGCCAAGGCUGGGUGAUGUACAGUGCCAUUUUGAAUACUUUUAUGCCAGUAAGAUAUCCAUCCUCUGAAUCCCGGUCCGUGUUGUAAAGAGAACGAUAUGUCAUCGUUAUAUCAGUG